ACGACGUCCCGCCGGCUCCAGCCGAGGGCCGCGAGCGUGCCCGCGACCUUGGGGUCGCCGCGCGGGCCGCACAGCGUCUCGUAGACGCGCGGCAGGCCGCAGACGAGCGUGAGGCUGUCCUCGCCCGGCGGCGCGAGGUGGCGCUCCAGGACGUCCUUCGUGAUCCACCCCUUCUCGCGCUUCGGCGCGCCGCCGAAGAGCGCGUACCUGUUCCUCACCUCGGGCCGGUCCUUGUCGACGUCGUAGCGCGACCCGAGGCAGUAGACGAGCUUGAAGCGCCGCGCGUAGCGCCACGUGAGCUGCUCGAGGCGCUUCUUCAUCAUGAUCUCGUCCUCGGACCGGUUCCCGUAGACGAGGACGAUUCGCGUGUCGUCGCCGGGCGUCGCCAGCACCUUCUCGAGGAUCUGGAUCAUGGGCGCCACGCCGGACCCGACGCAGACGAGGUUGAGCCGCUUCGCGCCGCGGAACGGGUACCGAAUCUUUAUGUUUUUGGCGACGUGGCGAAACUCGACCUCGUCGCCCACCUGUAACCGGUGCAGCGCCGACGACACGAGGCCCGGCGGCUUGUAGGUCUUCGGGUAGCGCUCGUCGCCCCAGGCGUCGUAGCGCCGCACGAGGAGCUGGAACCGGCCCGGCAGGUCCUCCGGCGACACGGGCGUGUAGCUCCGCUCCUCGAAGCCCUCGUCGGCCUCCUCCCGCUUCGCCGCCGCCUCGCGCUCCUCGGCGGUCACGGCGGCCUGAAGCUCGAGGAGGACCGGGUCGUCCUCGUCCGCGCGGAGCGGCCACUCGACGGUCUCGCGGAGGCUCUUCGGCCGCCUCACGCGCGCGCAGACGCAGGAGCUCGUCGGCAGGUUGAGGGUCGCGGCGCCGGGCGGCAGGCCGAACUCGAGGAUCGCCGAGUUCGGCGUGUGGUAACUCUUCCGCAGCAGCGGCAGCUUCGUCCACGUCGUCGACAGGGCGCACGACGACACGUGCCACUCCUGGCCCGUCUCGCGCAGGUAGUCGCCGAGCGUGAAGCUGCUGCUCUUCGUGAAGGAGCACGAGCCCGCGCAGCCGGCCACGGACGGCGACGCGAGGCGGAGCGUGUAUGCGAGCGCUUCCAUGGAUCCUCAGGGGCUGUCCAUCGUUCUAAACUCUGCAACCACAGGUAAACGAGGAAAAAACGGACAAGUUGAAGGCCUCUCCGCGGCCAUCGGCCUAUGCAGCCCGAACCGUAAAGGAUGGCGAGCCCGAUGAAGAAGAUGCCCGCCGAGGGCAAGGAGUUCGCCGCGCCGGACUACGCGGACCUGCAGCACGCGCUCUGCGGCCUCUACACGCGCGAGGUCGCGCCCGUGGAGGCCCAGCUCAAGUACGGCACGGUGGGCACGGCGAGCUACACGGCGGCCGAGUUCGGCGCCAAGCCCGUGGUCUUCAUCCUGGGCCAGUACUCCGUCGGUAAGACGACCUUCAUCCGGACCCUGCUCGGCAAGGACUUCCCCUCCAUGCAGAUCGGUCCCGAGCCGACGACGGACUGCUUCAUGGCCAUCGAGAAGGGCGUCUCGGACCGCAACGUGCCCGGGUCGGCGGCGACGGCGGACACGACGCGGCCCUGGGGCGCCCUCGGGAACUUCGGCGCGGCGUUCCAGGCCAAGUUCUCCGUGACGUCCGUCGCGGGCGCGUCGCUCCUCGACGACCUGAUCCUCGUGGACUCGCCGGGCGUCCUCGCGGGCGAGAAGCAGAAGCAGGCGGGCCGCCACUACGACUUCGUCGAGGUCGCGGCCCACUUCGCGGAGCGGGCGGACCUCAUCUUGGUGCUCGUCGACGCGCACAAGCUCGACCUCAGCGACGAGUUCACGAACGUGCUCCGGAGCAUCCAGAAGCACGACGAGAAGAUGCGCGUCGUCCUGAACAAGGCGGACCAGGUGUCGACGCAGGAGCUCAUCCGCGUCACGACGGCCAUGGCCUGGUCGCUGUCGCGGUGCCUGCGGACGCCCGAGGUCAAGCGCGUCUACGUGAGCAGCUUCUGGGACGAGCCCCUGAAGAACGAGCAGCUGAAGCCCUUCUUCGAGGCGGAGCGCGACGCGCUGCUGGCGGACCUGCGCGCGCUGCCGACGGGCCAGCUCCAGCGGCGCACGAACGAGGUGCUGCGGCGCGUCGCCGCCGUCAAGGCCCACGCGAUGAUCCUCGAGGGCAUCCGGAAGCGCGUGCCCUACAUCGGCCAGGAGGCGUGGGCGAAGAGCUGCGCGGACGGCGCGGCGCUGCCCGACAUCUGGCAGGCCAUCGCCCGGGACAACGAGGUGAGCCUGUGGACCCUGCCGCCGCCGGAGGCCUACGCGGCGGCCAUCGCGAGCGGCAAGCUCGACGUGCUCAAGCUGCCGCAGACGAAGCAGGCGCUCGCGGCGCUGGCCGCGGCCGCGGACGACCACGUGCCCCACGCGCAGCGCUACUUCCGCGGGGACCUGGAGGAGCUGCCCGAGGAGGCGCCCCACGUCGUCAAGAGCUUCCUCUUCAAGCUCGACGGCAAGCACAAGUUCAAGAUCACGUCCGCGGGCUACAAGAAGCGGUGGUUCGUCCUCGACUCGGGCACGCUCAGGUACUACCACGCGCGCAACGACGUCGGCAACGACACGAACCCGGGCGGGGAGCUGAACCUGCUCGGCGGCUCCGUGGCGGCGCUGCCCGACAGCGACCGGUCCUUCGUGUUCUCGGUGAACGGUCCAAACCUCGAUCGCGCGUACGUCUUCGCCGCGGAGAGCGCCGAGGACAUGGCGACCUGGAUCAAGCAGAUCCGCGCCCACGCGUCGGGCCGCGCCCAGCUCCCGACGGCGACGCCCGUGCCGACCACGCCCCCGCCGCCGCCGGAGCCCGUCGCCGCGGAGCUCGUCGACGACGACGACGACGCGACGGCGCCGGCGGACGCCGGCGAAGUGCGGAUGAGCAUCUCCGACCCGGGGCCCGCGCGCGAGACGACGGUCGACGGGCUCAUCGUCUGAGAGCGGCGUAAGGAGGAGGCUAGCUUGG